AUGAAGGCUGCCAUCUUACCACUUCUCGGCGCGCAACUCAUUGUAGCCGCCGAAACUACAUGGUGCUGGGGCGCCCAUAGAUCAAAUACUCAGCGCGUUAGCAAAGGGGAUGUCGAAUGGGCUUUGAGACACCGCACCACCGAGUUGGGCUUCCCCGGCGGCCAGACCAUCUCCUGGAGAUGGAUUCAGUGCACCGAAACCGACGAGUACAAGUCUAUGGAUGUUGCUGUUGUCACUACACCGCGCAUUGUCACCGACGGAGCUCAUACUCAGCUUGCCAAUGGACAGGUGAUCUGUAGAGUGGGCGGGGAGUACUUUAAAUGCUAG